UCAAUUCUGCAAGUGGUUCUGAUUUACUAUCGCUGUUCUCUAGCUGGUCUAAAACCACUUUUGACCUAAAGGGACUCUUUUUGGACGCCAUGAACGUUUCUCAGUUUCCAGGCAGAAAGAACAGUAAAAAUGCAGGCAGGGCACAGGACAAAGCACUCGGGACAAAAUGUAUGUGAAAUGGUUUGAUACAGUAAUGUUUUACUAUGUGAUUUGUUUUAAAAUUUUUAACUUUCCCGCCAGUUACGUCCCCCGUAUGUCCCGAUGCUCGCAGGGACCGGAACCCGAAAGACGGAUGCCGGCAUCGGCCAGAGGAGAUGGCCAGGGAUGCUGCAGGGGGGAC